UUGGACUAGGAUUCCUUGUUUUUGGUUUUUCAAUAGGUAUUAGGGUCUUGGGUUUGAAGGGUCAUAUGUAUAUUGUUAUAUUUAAACAUAACUAGCAUUAGGGCUUGUUCUGGCUUUGUUUUCAUUUUCUGUUUUUCAACUUCCAUUUGUGUUGCAAUUUGGGGUUUAGCUUCUUUGCAGUUGGGUAAUAUUAGUCCUUGUGCAAUUUGAAUUUUGAAUUGCUAUUCUUUUUCUGUGCACAUAGAUUAUGUUUUAUUAAAGAGGAAAAGAAAGGGUUAUUAGACUUGUUAAUUGGAUGUUAUUUUUCUAUUUCUCCUUUUAAUUUCAUGGAUGUUAAUUUAGUUGUUCUCUUCUUGCAUGUCAUAAAGUUUUGUCAUAGUUUGAUUUUAAACCUGUUAAUAUUGGAGUAGCUUAUGCAAAUGAAUUGCCGUCAAUUCAAAUUUUACUAGGCGAUUAUGCUGCCAGUAUUUGUAGUAUAUGGUUGAAGUUGUCCAAAAAAUGAGGAAUAUAGAGGAACUGUCGUUACAGAGUACAUGACAGCAAUACAUCUGGGAGGAUUUUAGAUUCGUAUAAGAACAAUGUAUGCGUUGGGGGAACUCGAUUUCAAAGUUAAAAGUUUUGAAUAGUUGAGGUCAAAAACAAUUGAAAGUAGAGCUUCAACUGUAUGAUUUUGCUUAUAGAUUUGGAAGUAAAAGUUUCAAAUCUGUAAUCUUAGCUUUUGUUUAAUUGUGAUAUAAACUCCUUUAUUCAUAUAAUUAUUAAUUCAUUAUUCAAUUUUUCAAGAAAGGAAAAACUUCCUAAUGAAAGAAAGAUGUUAUGUUACAGGGACACCCAUUAAGGUGUUAUUCCAGCAAGUCCCUCACCAAUUUAUACCCUUGUAGGCAUGGCUUCUAGUUUUUUCCGCAUUGUGCAUAUAAUUCUUAACUGGAGAAGCUACCUCUGUUGUGUCUUUCUUGUUUCAGAAACUUCAUUCAAUUUUAUACUAGUCUUGAAGAUAGUCUGAACAUUUGAAGGUCAAGUAAAAAAGAGACCCAUUUUGGUAUAUUCAAACAGCUUAGUGACAUGGAAAACCUUGUUUUUCAUUAACAUGGCCCCAUUCGGUGAUGUUAUCCCCUAAAACUGCAGGAACUGAUGAUGAUUUACCUCCAUCACAUCAACACUCAAUUGCAAAGGGAGAAAGACUUUUAGGGAACGGAAUAUCUGCUUUAAGUUCCACAUACUCUAGAAUGCGUAUUGACAUGGAGUCUCAUAUUCAUCAACUUGAGCAAGAAGCUUACAGUGCUGUACUUCGUGCUUUUAAGGCUCAAUCUGAUGCCAUUUCCUGGGAGAAGGAGUUUUUAAUAACAGAGCUUAGGAAAGAGCUCAGAGUAUCAGAUGAUCAACACAGAGAGCUUCUGACUAGGGUUAAUGGGGAUGAGAUCAUCAGAAGGAUCAGGGAAUGGAGACAGGCAGGUGGACCCCAAGCUCCCAGGUCUAGUGCACCACAACCAGUUCACGAUGUUGCAAUGAGUCCUAGUGUUUCAGGCUCCCGGAAAAGACAAAAGACAUCCCAAGUGCAGGGUCAACCCGUGCCUGGUUUAUCCUCUAUGAAGUACAUGCAGUACCCUUCUACAGGUCCUGCUGGAAAUCACCAUUAUGUUAGCCGUAUUUAUCCUGGCACCCUUGCAGCAACUGAACCUGCUGAGGCUACAAUUUCCAAUCCAUUAAUAGGAAGGAAAGUAUGGACAAGAUGGCCUGAGGACAACAGCUUUUAUGAGGCUGAAAUUAUUGAUUACAACCCUACUGAGGGCCUACAUGCUCUAGUCUAUGAUAAAAGUACAGCAAGUGAGACAUGGGAAUGGGUUGAUCUGAAAGAGAUUUCUCCAGAGGAUAUCCAAUGGGUAGAUGAGGAUCCAGGAAUUUCUUAUCGUGGUGUCCAUGGUGGGCCAGGCCGUGGAAUCAGGAAAUCAAUGAACCAUGGUGGUUAUCCUAGUCUUGGAAGAGGGAGGGGAUCUAUAAGUCGAAGCAAAAGAGAUUUUCUGCCUGCACAGAAUGGUUGUGCAAAAAUAGUUUCUGAUGAUAUUGAAUUACUCAACACAGAGACACUGGUUCAGGAGGUAGAGAAGGUGUUCUCUUUGAGUCAUCCUGAUCCCCUUGAGCUCGAGAAGGCAAAAAAAAUGCUAAAAGAGCAUGAACACGCACUUGUCGAGGCAAUUGCAAGGCUUGCAGAUGCAUCUGACGGUGAAAGUGGCGAACGCCAGUUCUUGCACAGGGAAGCGAUGGAUGUGGAAUAGAGCUUGUGAAGAAGAGUUCAGCAGAGAAGUUAAGUGAUGGUUGAAGGAAGGUCCUGUGGAUGUCAAUAGUGUUAACUGAAUGUCAUGAAAUUGCAUCAACCAAGCAAUCUUGUGACAUUAUUUUUUCUCCUGUAUUCUUUCCGGCUGGAUUUGUACCUCUCCAUUCUCUUCAAUUUCCACUCUGUAACAUACACACGGCCUAACAUUUUAUCCACGCAGCCACUUAAUUUUGGCCUUUUUAGGUAGUCAGAAACUUUUGUAGACGGGGAUAUUCUUAAUCAGCAAAUUGUUUCAUUUACAA